CGAAUCUACGAGGAUCAUGAAUAUUUAGUGGAAAAUAUCAUGAUGUGGACGUUAAAUUCCCAAAAUAAAUUGUAUUUUACACGGCGCAUCGAUAAAUACUCAUUUCUGGAUCGUCCGGAAGAAUUUUUGGUGACACAAAAAAAUAUCGAUACACUGGUACAUGGCCCUCCAACACCAACCACCAAACGAGCCGUUGUGCGGCAGCUAUCGAGCAACUUACAGCGGCAGCAGCAGCAACAGCACAGCAAAACUUUACAACAUCCGGGAAUAUACGAACUACCACAAGAAUCGUUGUUCCCCAACAAUAUCAUGAUGCAUUGA